AUGUGGUCGCGCACGCGAUUCUUGCUCCUGGCGUGGACGGUCGCGUUGUUGGCGAGCGUGCAACUCGGCAACGGGUCGCAGAGGCCGCGUCUCGGCGGCGCCGUGAACAUCUUCAGCCGUUACGGCUAUCUGAGCAUCAGCAUGAGAGUGAUCCCUAGAAAUGACACGGACACAUGGAUCUUCAGGGAGCCGACGUUAGACGUUUUCAGAAAUCCCGUCGCUGUCGCGAGUAGAUCUCAUCAACAGGCAGCCACUGUGUUCAACGGUGACUUUCACAUGGAAUUCUGCGACAAUAUCCGCCAGCUUCUGCAGGCCUACUUCCGGGACUUUACGUUCGAGAGGUUAGAGAGGCCGUGGCGUGCGUUCACUGGUAGCUGGUCCAAAGCAGCCAUAGCACGUCAUUUAGGUAUCAGCGCUUCUUUCAUCACGGGAGAGCAUUGUUACGUGCUGGUACGCGUGGCCAGGUUCCGGGAGAGCCAGAAGCUGUCUGGUACCGCGGAAACGAUGAUCCUCGACGAAGCUGUACUCCGGGAAACGGAGAACGUUACCGUUGGAGAUACCGCCAGUGUAGUGCGAUUUAUCAAGCACUUCGGCUCGCACUACAUUGCCGCUUACAUCACGGGAAACUCUUUGUACCAGGUGUUCGUGUACACGCCGCAAGCGUAUCUAAGCAUCAAGGAGCGACUAAAGACGCGCGGUGUGGCGGAUCUAUCGAAUAUCGAGUUAAGCAACUAUUUCUCGCCGUGGUACGCGGAACACAUGGGCACGAUACAGGCGGCGAGCGGGAACCAUACUGUCGAAACAUGGGCGAGGGAACGACUUCAAAACCAAUACAUAUUCUCGUACGGCAGUCUGCUAAAAUUGCACGGAAACGCAAUGUUGCUGAAGCAACUGGACGGUCUGCUUGGCAACGAGGCGUUGCUACAGUUGCAACUGCGCACACUGGCGCCAAUAUUCAAAGACCCCCAGCGUCGCGAGUGGUUCCUCGAGGUGAUCGACAAUUACUUUAAGCUAUGGGAGGUGAACAUGUGA